GUGCCUGGCGGGUGGAGGGGUGGGGGCAAGGCGAGGGCGGGGCGGCCGUGCGGGAGGAGGCGGAGCUUCGGGGCCAGUGUGACCAUCUAGCCCGGCCCUCCGCUCCACUUGGCACCUGAGGCUGGGCCUUUUGGCUAGCUCCUUCCCGUGGCGCGGAGACCCCGCCGGUUCCCCGCAGCAUGGCUCCGUCCCGGUGGCAGCUCGGUCUCCGCACCGCCUACUCGGCGGUCGGUUGUGUGACGGGUCUCUCCGCCUUCCUCGUCUGGACCUUCCUUUUCCCUCAGCCUGGGACCGCAGCGAUGGGGGGCCUCGCAGGUGUUCUGGCGCUCUGGACUCUGACGACGCAUGUGAUGUACAUACAGGAUUACUGGCGCACCUGGCUCAAGGGCCUUCGAUGCUUCCUCCUAGUGGGCAUCUUCUUCUCCACUGUCUCCAUCACCGCAUUCUGCACCUUCCUUGUCCUGGCCAUCACUAGGCAUCACGGAUUCACAGAUCCCACCAGCUACUACCUCUCCUGUGUGUGGAGCUUCAUCUCCUUCAAAUGGGCCUUCUUGCUCAGCUUAUAUGCCCACCGCUACCGAGCUGACUUUGCUGACAUAAGCAUCCUCAGUGACUUCUGACCUUGACUAUUUAGCCUCCCCAGUGGGGUGGUUCUUAGUGAUUGGACUCAAUCUUUGAGAAGCAGAGAGGUCCUGUCCUCCCCUGCCCCACCUCCUGUUGGGAGGUUCAGGAACCACAGCAGAGGAUAUGCUGGGGGGGUGGCCUAGGGUGAAGGCUCCCAGGACACUUUCCCUUACCCUGUAAGCAAGGUCCUUGAGUGGGGGAAGGGCCUGUCUAGGGAGGGGAUGCUUUGUACUUUUUCAUAUGGAUCUAUUUUCUUAUCCUAAGGUAAGUCCUUUUUAAAUGGAGAAGGAAGCAAGGAAGUUAGGAGAAGGCUAUGGAUUUGUGUAAGGGGGGAAACUGGCUCAAGAAAACAUUUAUAUUGGCAGGCCCAGGAGCUGGGUGGAAGAAGAGGUAAUUUGGUUGCUUCUGUCACCCAGUUUGAAAGAGCCCUUCUCUGUCCCUUUCUAACAGGGCAGGAUCAGGUUUGAAGAUUUGCCAGUGAAGCUAAGGGAGUCUCUGAGAAGAGACUCUUUCCUAGAAGAGCCUGCUUCCUUGUGUAUUGGGGAUUAGAGAAAAGGGCUCUUUCUCUCCUUUUACCCUCCUAUAGGAUUUCCCCUUUUUUUAGGGACUCUGGGAUUAGGCAGUAAUCCUGCAUCUCGGAGCAACACUUAUGGAAUCUUGAAGUGGUUAUAGAUGAAUUGGCAAAUGCCAGGGGCAGAUACCUUUAGAAGAGAUUUUGGAAGAUGGCAAAAUAGCUCAGACCAGGAGGGGUGUUUCUUCUGAUCAACCCACAUGUUCACAUACCACUUUACACCCUCAUUUAUUCCCCAUCCAGUCCUAGGUAGGCCACUUUCCUGGGGUUGAGGUUGGGGCUGGGGAAGCUACACAGAGUUUUGCAGGAGAGACAGGUCUUUGGACAUUGUUAGACCUGUUAGUUGGAAAUCUCCUUAGCCUACCACAGGUCUCCUGCUUUCUUUCCCUCUCCUAAAAUUUUUUAUCUUUUUCCCCUACUUCUGGACAAAAAAAGAUCUGCUUUCUAAUACCAUAUUCUGGCCCAGGGGUCCUUAACAAGCUCUACGGGUCUGCUGUUAUAUUUCUACAUUGUGUUGGCAUUGUGCAUGUUUCACUUUUUAUCUCUUUCUUCCCUACUCUUCAAACUAAUUCUUGUGCCCAUCCCACCCUCAGCCAUAUUGCCGAGUCACUGUCACUUUAGCAAAAAUACAACAAACAAGCUGUUUUAUCA